UGCCCGCCGCUCCCUCCGCUGCUUUUCCCGCGGGUGGCGCCGCGGCACUCGGACCCCUUUGCAGCCCCUUCCCGGAUGGAAGCGUACCGAAGCGCGGCCGCCUGCCUCCUCUGCCCCCGUUUGCUUUGGCUUGGGGUUCCAUCUGCCGCGGGACGGUGCUGAGGGGUCCUCGCCUGUGACCCACCUACCUGUAAAGAAGUAUAUGGAAUGAAAUGUAGAAGUACCAUCUUCACUCUUACUCCCUCUCAGAAGAGGGAAGAAAACCAGAACCUAUGGCUCUCUUGGUGGUCCUUCAGACAACUUUCCUCUUGGCAUUGCUGUCCUUGAGAACUUACCAGAGUGAAGUCUUGUCUGAACCUUUACCAGUGACCUCUGACUCCCUGACUGUUUCUAUCAGUUCUACACAUCAACGUUUGCAUUUACAAUGGAAUGUCCACAACCUUCCUUAUCAGGAAUUAAAAAUGAUUUUUCAGAUAGAGAUCAGUAGAAUUAACACAUCCAAUGUCAUCUGGGUGGAGAACUAUAGCACCACUGUGAGGUGGAACCAUGCUCUGCAUUGGAGCUGGGAAUCUGAGCUCCCUUUGGAAUGUGCGACACACUUUGUAAGAAUAAGGGGUGUGGUGGAUGAUGCCAAGAUCCCCAGGCCAAGGUUCUGGAGCUAUUGGAGUUCAUGGAAAGAAGUGGAUGUACGAAGUUCUCUUGGAGAAGAUCGCUUGUCUGUUUUCCCUAAAGAUAAGCUGGUGGAGGAAGGCUCCAAUGUCACCGUUUGUUAUGUUUCUAGGAGCCAUCAAAAGAACAUAUCCUGUUUUUUGGAUGGUGUACAGAUACAGGGAGACCAACUUGACCCAAAUGUGUGUGCAUUCACCUUGAAUAACGUCCCUUUUGUUAGGGAAACAGGGACAAAUUUCUACUGUGAGAUGAACCAAGGAGAGAUUCCAGAAGGCAUCGUUCUCUUUGUCUCAAAAGUACUUGAGGAGCCCAAGGACUUUUCUUGUGAAACACAGGACUUCAGGGCUUUGAACUGUACUUGGGAUCCCGGGAGUGACACUGGCUUAACUAAGCAUCCUUCCCAAAGCUACACUUUAUUUGAAUCAUUUUCUGGAAAGAAGACACUUUGUAAACACAAAAACUGGUGUGAUUGGCAAGUAACUCAACAUUCACAGGAAAUGUACAACUUCACACUGGUGGCUGAAAACUACUUAAGGAGGAGAAGCGUUAGCACUGUUUUUAACCUGACUCAUCAAGUUCGCCCAAUGAAUCCCUUUAAUGUAAGUUUUAAAAAUGUACAUGCCACAGAGGCCACCGUGAUGUGGAAGGCACACUCCAUUGGAAAUAAUUUUAUACUGUUGUGUCAGGUUGAACUCAACAGUGAAGGAAAAGUGAUACAACAACACAAUGUUUCCAUCAAGGUGAAUGGUGAGUAUCUCUUAAAUGAACUGAAGCCUGAUACAAAGUACGUGACUCGGGUGCGCUGUGCUAAUGCCAACCACUUCUGGAAAUGGAGUGAAUGGAUUGGUCAAAACCUCAUCACCUCUGAAGCUGCCCCCUCAGAGGCUCCUGAUGUCUGGAGAGAGGUGAAGUCAGUGCCAGGAUGUCUUAUGGUGACUUUAUUCUGGAAGCCACUACCAAAAUGGCAUGCCAACGGGAAGAUUCUGUUCUAUAAUGUAGUUAUAGAAAACCUAGGAGAACCAUCCAAGUCAAAGCUUCUCUCCAUUCCUGCUCCUGCCAACAGCACAGAACUAACCCUUGACCAGGGUUCUUACCAAAUCCACAUCACAGCUCAUAACAGUGUGGGCACCUCUCCUGCUUCAGUAAUUGUCAUUCCUGGAGACCUUGGAAACAAAGAGGUUGAAGAAGAGAGAGUUAAAGGCACAGAGGAUGGAUUCUCUCUGUCGUGGAAACCCCAAUCUGGAGAUGUCCUAGGCUACCUUGUGGAGUGGUGUGACCACCCCUGGGACCCACUGUGUGAUCUCCAGUGGGAAAACCUAGGUCCCAAUACCACUGGCACAAUGAUUAGCUCAGAUGCUUUUAGACCAGGGGUCCGAUACAACUUCAGAGUUUAUGGCAUCUCUACAAAAAGGAUUGCUUAUUUACUAGAGAAAAAAACAGGAUACUCCCAGGAACUGGCUCCUUCAGUCAGCCCUCAAGCAGUCAUGAGUAAUUUGACAUCCCACUCCGUCACUCUGAGUUGGAAAGAUUACGCCACUGAAUCCCAACCUGGUUUUAUACAAGGUUACUAUGUCUAUAUGAAAUCCAAGGCGAAGCAGUGCCACCCAGGAUUUGAAAAGGCAGUACUUUCAGAUGAUUCAGUAUGUUGCAAAUGUGUAAUCAAUGACCCGGAACAAAAGACACUUGUCAUGGAGAACCUGCAGCCGGAAUCCUCGUAUGAGUUUUUGGUCACUCCGUACACAAGUGUUGGCGCGGGCCCCCACGGUGCUUUCACAAAGGUCACGACUCCGGGUGAAUACUCCUACACACUGAUGCGGUUCCUACUCCCUCUGAUUUUCUGCGUUUUGUUCAUCACAGUCGUCUGCUACUUGAAAAGCCAGUGGAUGAAAGAGAACUGUUAUCCUGACAUUCCAGAUCCUUAUAAGAGCAGCGUGCUAUCAUUAAUAAAGUCCAAGGAGAAUCCUCAUUUAACGAUAAUGAAAGUCAACGACUGUAUUCCAGAUGCUAUUGAAGUUGUAAACAAGCCAGAAGGGAAUAAGAUGCAGUUCUUAGGCACAAGAAAGUCACUCACAGAAAUGGAACUUACUAAGCCUGCCUGCUUUUACCUCCUCCCCACAGAGAACUACUUGGGCCCUGGACCUCACAUCUGUUUUGAGAACUUUACCUACAAUCAGGCAGCUUCUGAGUCUGAUUGUUGUGGCCGUGUCACAGUAUCCCCUACAGCCCCACCAAGUCAGCUGGAACUACUGACUUCACCAGAAAAUUUACUAAAGGCACUAGAAAAAAACUAUAUGAACUCUCUGGAAGAAAUCCCAGCUGGAGAAACCUGUCUGAAUUAUGUGUCCCAGUUGGCUUCACCCAUGUCUGGAAACAAGGAGAGUCUCCUCACAAACCCACCACUGCCAGCAGUCUGUUCAGAGUAUAAAAUGCAAAUGGCUAUACCCCUGGGUCUUGCCUCACCUCCCUCAAGUGAGAGUAGCAGUGUCUCCUCGAUUACCCUUUUAGAUCAAGGUGAACACCAUGGCUGAUCACUAUACUCGUUCCAUAACUUUAUGCUACACAGACACUAAGAGAAGCAUAGCCAGCACCAUUUCAUCCCCAGAUACCUCGGGGCUUAAUCCCAGUGAGCUGUCACCAUUAGUAGGUCUUAUUUAUAUAAGACCACUACAAUCUUGCCAGGUUUCGAAGGUUAGAAGUUAUGAAACUUAACAUUCCUUGCUGUAGAAAUGGUAGGAUCAUGGGAACAGGCUUACUUUGCUGCUGUGUGCUCCAGGUUCACCUUCCUAACAGCGGACGUGGCGCCUGAUACAGGGACAGACCUGCCCACUCAGUACUUGACAGGGUGGCUGUGGUCUUAGAAGUUCAGUUUGUAGUGAGAAAGUAUUUCCAUUUUUACCCUAUUAAUAUUUCAAGGGUAAAAUAAGUACAUUUAAGGCUUUACUAAAGGACACAGAAGAUUUGUUACAUAAACUGUCGAUGUUAGUUUAUUUUGGAUGUGUUCAAUGAAAAAGUCACAGGUGUUUGAGCCCGUAACAGAUUUUAAACUUGCCUCUAAGUGAUAAGAAUUUGUAGUUAAUUGAUAUAGUAAAAUUAACUCUUCUGGGGCAUAGACCUUACUUAAUAGGUAAGACAUGUGAAUGAAUUAGUAUGAUUCCCACAACUUCCUCCUCUUUAGUUUACCACUGGUAAGAGUAGGAUUGGCAAGAAACCUCUUGACUCAGUGCCAAGGUGAGAACACUCCUCCGUAGUAGAUGCCAGUCUUCUGCCAUAAUUUUUUAUGACUACCUCAGAAUAGAAAAAGGAAAAUAUAUCAUCAGUUCCAUUCACGUUUUAUGGUUCCUCUUUUUUUCAAGAACUAUAAUACAUAAAUAACCUGUUUUCAUUUAGUAUCCUUUGUACUCUGCAAAAGGUUAUCUGGGUCAAGAUAACACCUUCAUUUAUAUUGCUAUUAUGAUAACAUAAAUAAAAUGAAAACUCAUUGCUGGA